UUAGCCGUCUCCCUCAUUUCCAAACAAACCUCCGGGCAACGGCGAAGACUAUAUAAAGCAUUUAUUCCUUUAAUUCCGUUUUCUUUAUCGAAAUUACCUUUAUUUCAUCAAACAUUACGAGAGAGAAGCGUCCAUCAUUAUUUAACAGAUAUGGUGAAACUAGGCAGUAACCUGGUGGAAAAGGUGGAGAGAGAGGCAUCGGUGGAGGACGGUUUUGAUAACAUCCCCCUCAUCACUCCGCUGGAGGUCGGCCAGUUACAGCAGCCUUUCCCUGAUAAGGUGAUUGUGAAAACCACAACAGAGUAUCAGCUGAAGGAGAAGAAGAGGAAGCUGUAUGUGCCCAGCAUCAAGAAGCUGAACAUAAACCUUUACGAUGAGAUGUCUGAGAAGCUCAAGCUGACUGGGUUGAUUAUUAUAACCUUGGCGUUUCUGGCGUGUCUGCUGCUGUUGGUCAUGUAUAAGGCGCUGUGGUACGAUCAGCUCGGCUGUCCCGAGGGCUUCGUUCUCCAGCACAGACACUGCACCCCUUCGGCUCUGGAGAUGUACUACCCCGACCAGAGCUCCAGGGGCAGUUUAUACACCGCCAUGACCCACCUCAACCAGGCCAAGAAGAGCAUCCCCGAGCUCAGCCCGCCCUGGAUGCCCGUCAUGAAAGACGAGACCAACCACCCUGAGAAAUAAGACACAAAAAAACAGUAUUUAGUUUAAAGGUCAAGUCAAUCAGAAAGGUGCAAAUGGGUAAUUUUGACGCAAAUAACCAUUUAGAUUUAACUGUGACGUUCUGGGUUUCAACUUUGUCGGCCUUCUGCAAUACAAACGCUGUGUGAAAUCUGCUUCAAACCUGUUUAGAUGAAUAAUGAAGAGUUCAUUUGCUCGAGGAAAAAAAGGGUAGUUUUCAUAGAUCAUGCUUUUUGGUCACACUUUACAAGGUGUCAUUGGUUAAUGUUAGUUGAUUAACAUGAUCAAUAAAUGAACAAUACUUGUAAAGUAUUUAUUAAUAGUUUAGCAUUUACUAAUGCAUCAUCAAAAUACAAAGUUGUGCUUAUUAAUAUUACUUAAUUAACUACAAGUUAACAAACUAACAAUGAAUGACUAUUUUCAAUGGUGAAUAAAAACUGAUAUAUAUAGAUCUAGUCAUCAAAUAAUAGAUAGAUAGAUAGAUAGAUAGAUAGAUAGAUAGAUAGAUAGAUAGAUAGAUAGAUAGAUAGAUAGAUAGAUAGAUAGAUAGAUAGAUAGAUAGAUAGAUAGAUAGAUAGAUAGAUAGAUAGAUAGAUAGAUAUUUUUGUGAAUUUUCCAUUUUAAAAAUAAUAAUAAAUAUAUCCCUUUGUAUGAUGAGCCCGUUUUCAUUUUAAAGAUCCUGUUGUGUACAGUUAAAGGUUCUUGCUGAAACAUUGAUCCUAAUGAACAACUGUCAUUUAUAAGAUUGUAUCUGAUUUGAUCUCAUUAAUUAAUCUCUGAUUGUAUCUCAUUUGUCAAUUAAUUAUUCAUUUAGUUCAUUUCAGACUCAUUGAGGGAUGAAAAAGUGACUUCUCAUAAGUGAGUCAUUGUAUUAUUCACUCAAACAUUUGUUUCAGAAACAGUAUUUAAUUCAGAAGCGAACAACUUUUGAUCUAUCUAUCUAAUAAUCUAUAUAUACAAUAAAUGCAUUGUUCAUUAUUUAUUCAUGUUCGUAAAUACAUUAACUAAUGAAACCUUAUUGAAAAGUAUUACGCAAGUAUUAUAAAGUAAUUUUUUAUGUGCACUUAAUCAUAAAAAUAUGAUUUACAAAAAACAUAGCUGUUUUAUCUAUUUUUUUUACCUCAAAUGAACUCUUCAACGCUGCUUUUUUUCUUCUAAUGCCAUUAUUGUGGCAUUGUAGGUUUAGGUCAUGUCACUUGUAAUUCUGCGACGUUAGUUCUCGCUUAUUUUGUCAUUUAGCUUAGUGUAAUGAAGUGUGCAUUGGCUGCGAAUCCUGCUCUAGUGAACUGAGAAACAAGUGCAUUAGCAGGAGAUAGUGUUUCUUAAAACUCUGUAAAUCAACGCCAACUGCUGAUUGUUGUCUUAAAGCUGCGUGUCUGUUAUUUAAAGGAGAAAAUCCUGGGAGUUUUUUGUUUGUUUGUAUUUGUACAUUUUGGUAAAUGAGGAAAAUCAAUCGCAAGGAUGAAAAGAUUGGUGCAAGUGAGACAUUUUUAUACACGCCUGCAUGCUUAACUUAUCCAGAAAAUCAUCGGAUUUGAUUUUAAGCGAUAGUUCAACCAGUCAAACUGACAGUUCUGUCAUCCUUUACUCACGUUUUACUUAUUCCAAAACUUUUUGACCUUCUGUUGAACACAAACGAAGAUAUACUGAUGAAAGCUGGAAGCAUAAUAUUUGUUUUUCUACUAUGGAAGUUAGGGGUGGGCGGUACACCGGUGUCAUAGUCAUCACCGGUGUGACAUUGCGCCAUGACAUGGAUUUUCUAAUACCGUCUAAUACCGUAAUAAAUCAAUUAUGCGCCUUGAACAGCUGCAUUUACAUCAAUAAUAGCUAAUUCUAAAUAAUAAGGCAUUAAAUUUUCUUCAAACGUUCAGUUGUGGUCUGAAUACCUGUCCUUAUACUACAGGGCUCGAAAUUGCAACCAUUUUGGUCGUAUGUGCGCCCGAAAUUUAAUCUAUGCGCCCUCAUAAUAUAUUUGGGAGCAUUUGAUUUUCUCUAUAAACUUGCUGAAUCGCUCUACGCUGCCGCUGUAUUGGUUCAUAUUAGCUGUCAAUCACUCAACGCUUCCCGCUGUCAGAUGACAGGGAGCUUUUGUUAUCGCAGGAAAUGCAAACAGCUGAAGAAUGAAAAGUACACAGGUUUGCAAACCUCAAUUAAAGUUAUAAUAAUAAUAAUAAUAAUAAUAAUAAUAAUGGCGCAGAUGACAGCGAUCAUGACAUGAGGUAAAUGUUGAUCCACCAGCUGAGAUCAAUCGAGUGUUUUCGGAGAAGGUGCCCGAAUCUUGUUGCGUUGCUUUCACUGCGUGUUCAGCGCAAAUGUCCGCUAAAUGUAAAAUCUAAUACUGUACACAUCAUCGCCAAAGAAACUCGUCUUUACUAAGUUUACACUGAAACUACGGCUCAUAACAAAGAGCAGUAUUGCGCCGGUGAUCAUCGCGAGAAUCCUGCUCUGUCUGCUCAUAAAUUGGUGGCGCUUUAUUCCACAAACAGAGAAAAAUGAAGAUCAGCUCAUAACGGGACGGAGCAUUUAAAAUGACACAAACCGAAACCAAAACUUUUAAAGAGUGAUAGAAGUGAGACUUUUUUUUUGUCCGUUCUUCCUUGAGAUGUAUAUUAUUUUGCUAUUUAAAGUAAUACCAUGAUAUUAUACCGUCACCGUUCAAAAGAUGAAAAAUAUCAUGAUAUUAAUUUUAGGUCAUAUCGCCCACCCCUAAUGGAAGUCAAUAAUGGUGACAUUUUCAGUUUUCCUCAAAAUAUCUUCUGUGUGUUCAACAGAAUAAAGAAACUCAAAGUUUUGGAACCACUUGAGGAGAGUAAAUAAUGAGUAAAUUUCAUGUUUUUAGGUGAACUAUCCCUUUAAAGUGAUAGAUUUCAAUUGAAUGUAAACUUAGGUCUAACAUUAAAUAAAAUGCCAAUUUUUUGUGUUUGUGUGUGAGUGUGAUUGUGUGCUGAAGUAUUUACACACCGAGCACCAGCAGCCAUAUAAAUGUUUAAAUUAAUGUUGUGAAUGAUUUUUUUUUUGCAAAAAUCUCAAGAAUGUGAUGACUUCAUGAAGGUCUUUUUUUUAUUAGAUGACUCUUAGCUGAAUGUAUAAACCUAAAACGGCAGAUGGAACCACAUUCUGUUAUCAUUUAUUGUGCUUUAUCUAUAUGGUGAUGUGUAUUUUCUAAUAAUGUGUUAUUUAUUUCUGUAUUUCUGUCGUUGAUGUGACUGGUGCUGGAAGGAUGAACUGAAGUGCAGCAGGUGAAAUCAUAAACCUCGCAGUAUUGCUCAUUUGUGUAUGUGUGUGUGUGUGUGUCUGGCGAACAUUCAUUCAGAAUAAAGGGUAUAGUAUUCACAA